GCUGGUUUUUCGCUAUUGCCUAUGUAGGGUUUAUCGCUCUUGCAUUUCCGGACCUUUCCCAUUUUUUUUUUCCCGCCUUUCUCUUUCUCUAUCGCUUGAACUUCCUGCAUUUCAAACCAUUUAGAUCUUCUAGGGUUGAAAUGGUGUCUCCCAAGCAACUGCUCUCUAUAAUCGAAUCAUCUCUUUUGGGUCCCUCUCCGCCAACGCCUGCCCAAUGGGUCGAGCUGAUCCAUGCCAUUCGCAGUUCUCUCUCCUCUCUUCAGUCCCUCCUCUCCUUUCCCCCUCCGAAGCCGUCAGAUCGGGCUCAGGUGCAAUCGAAGGAAGUUAGGCUUCCAGAUUCGCCACCGAUUUCGCUUGAUGAUCAGGAUGUCCAGAUUGCUCUGAAAUUGAGUGAUGAUCUCCAUCUCAAUGAGAUUGAUUGUGUCCGUCUGCUUGUUUCUGCCAAUCAGGAGUGGGGUUUAAUGGGUCGAGAACCAUUAGAAAUUUUGCGUCUUGCAGAGGGACUCUGGUAUACAGAGAGAAGAGAUCUAAUAACAGCUCUAUACACACUCUUAAGGGCUGUUGUACUUGACCAGGGGCUUGAAGCUGAUCUUGUGGCUGACAUUCAGAAGUAUUUGGAAGAUCUUAUCAAUACUGGUCUUAGACAGCGGUUGAUUUCUCUUAUGAAGGAACUCAAUCGGGAAGAACCAGCCGGUUUGGGUGGGCCCCACUCUGAACGCUAUGUUCUUGAUUCUAGAGGUGCUCUUGUGGAACGGAGAGCAGUGGUUUGUCGGGAGAGACUCAUACUUGGUCAUUGCCUCGUCCUUUCUGUUCUGGUUGUGCGCACAAGUCCAAAAGAUGUAAAAGACUUGUUUUCCACUUUAAAAGAUUGUGCAGCUGAGCUUAAUGGCAGCAGUGAUACCAUAAAAUAUCAGAUUACAUUUAGUAUUCUUUUUUCUCUUGUUAUCGCAUUCAUAUCAGAUGCUUUGGGGACAGUACCUGAUAAAGCAUCAGUCCUGUGCCGUGAUGCUACUUUUAGACGUGAAUUCCAGGAAAUUGUGAUUGCUUCUGGAAAUGAUCCAAUUGCCGAGGGCUUUGUUGAUGUCAUAAGACUUGCUUGGGCUGCACAUUUGAUGUUAGUACAAGAUGCAACUGUUGCAACAGAGACAGUUUCUAGUGCUUCAUCCAAUGAUUUGGGAUUCAUCUGUUCAUGCUUGGAAGUCAUUUUCUCUAACAAUGUUUUCCAGUUUUUGCUGGACAAAGCCCUUCAAACUGCUGCCUACCAGAAUGAUGAUGAGGAUAUGAUCUAUGUCUACAACGCUUAUUUGCACAAGAUGAUUACAUGCUUCUUAUCUCAUCCCAUUGCUAGAGACAAGGUAAAAGAAACAAAGGAGAAGGCUAUGAGUGUCCUUAGUCCUUACCGUAUGGCUGGAUCACAUGAUUUCAUGCAUGAUAACAACUCGAACUCUCAAAAGGCUGUUGAAAUGGGUUCUCAACCAUUUGUCUCUCUCUUGGAGUUUGUGAGCGAAGUUUAUCAGAAGGAACCAGAGCUGUUAUCUGGCAAUGAUGUAUUGUGGACCUUUGUAAACUUUGCUGGAGAGGAUCAUACUAACUUUCAAACACUUGUGGCUUUCUUAAAAAUGCUGGGUACCUUGGCUUCUAGUCAAGAGGGUGCUUUGAAGGUUUUCGAGUUACUUCAGGGAAAGACGUUCCGCUCUGUUGGGUGGAGCACUUUGUUUGAUUGUUUAUCAAUUUAUGAAGAGAAGUUCAAACAGGCCCUUCAAAGCCCAGGGGCCAUUUUGCCAGAGUUUCAAGAAGGGGAUGCAAAGGCACUUGUUGCAUAUUUGAAUGUUCUUCAAAAGGUUAUGCAAAAUGGAAAUCCUGUUGAAAGGAAGAACUGGUUUCCUGAUAUUGAACCAUUAUUCAAGCUUCUCACCUAUGAAAAUGUGCCUCCUUAUUUGAAGGGUGCUUUGCGGAAUGCCAUUACUACUUUCAUUCAAGUCUCUCCUGCUCUGAAAGAUACCAUUUGGGGCUAUCUUGAACAGUAUGAUCUGCCAGUAGUUGUUGGGCCUAGUUUAGGGAAUAAUGCACAACCCAUGGCAUCACAGAUUUAUGACAUGCGAUUUGAGUUGAAUGAGAUAGAAGCAAGACGAGAACUAUAUCCUUCAACAAUAUCUUUCCUUAAGCUGUUAAAUGCUCUUAUUGCAGAAGAAAGAGAUGUUAGUGAUAGAGGGCGUAGAUUCAUUGGUAUCUUUAGGUUCAUAUAUGAUCACGUGUUUGGGCCAUUCCCUCAAAGAGCAUAUGCAGAUCCUUGUGAGAAGUGGCAGUUGGUAGUUGCAUGUCUUCAACAUUUUCGAAUGAUACUGAGCAUGUAUGAUAUAAGGGAUGGGGAUAUUGACAAUGCUGGUGACCAACCACAGCUUUCAGCAGUGGCACAAUCAGCCCCACUUCAAAUGCAGCUCCCUGUUGUAGAGUUGCUCAAAGACUUCAUGAGUGGAAAAACCAUUUUCCGAAAUAUCAUGGGUAUACUUUUGCCAGGAGUCAAUUCCAUCAUCAGUGAGCGUACUAAUCAAAUCUAUGGACAACUUCUUGAGAAGGCUGUGGAACUUUCUUUAGAAAUUAUCAUCCUUGUUUUUGAAAAGGAUGUACUCCUUUCUGAUUUCUGGCGUCCUUUAUACCAGCCUUUGGAUGUUAUACUUGCUCAAGAUCACAAUCAAAUUGUAGCUUUGUUGGAAUACGUCAGAUAUGAUUUUCGACCACAAAUUCAGAAGCACUCUAUCAAAAUCAUGAGUAUUUUGGGUUCUCGCAUGGUUGGGCUCGUACAGCUACUGUUAAAAUCCAAUGCUGCCAGCUUUCUAAUUGAGGAUUAUGCAGCCUGUCUUGAAUCAGUUUCUGUAGAAUCUCAGAUCAUAGAGAACAGCAAUGAUGAUCUAGGUGUUCUCAUAAUGCAGCUUCUCAUUGAUAAUAUCAGUCGUCCUGCUCCAAAUAUUACACAUUUACUUCUUAAAUUUGAUCUUGAUACCUCAAUAGAAAGGACGAUAUUACAGCCAAAGUUUCAUUACAGUUGUUUGAAGGUUAUUCUUGAUAUCCUGGACAAGCUUUUUAAGCCAGAUGUAAAUGCAUUGCUUCAUGAAUUUGGUUUCCAGCUCCUUUAUGAGUUAUGCUUGGAUCCCUUAACAAGUGGUCCCACCAUGGACCUGUUGAGUAAUAAAAAGUAUCAGUUCUUUGUGAAGCACCUGGACACAAUUGGCAUUGCUCCACUUCCUAAACGAAAUAUCAACCAGGCUCUUCGUAUCAGUUCCCUUCAUCAGAGAGCAUGGCUAUUGAAGCUUUUAGCAGUGGAACUGCAUGCCGGUGACAUGGUUAAUUCUACUCACCGAGAUGCAUGUCAAAGUAUUCUUGGUCAUAUAUUUGGGCCAGAUGUUGUCGACUUCACAACUGAUCAUAGUACAUCUCAUGCGUAUUCCGUUCAAAAUAGUGCUGCAGAUGUUGGAACUAGAACUAUCAGUAAGAGUAAGGUGUUGGAGCUGCUUGAAGUUGUCCAGUUUAGAUCUCCUGAUACUACAAUGAAGUAUUCUCAGGUUGUUUCGAACAUGAAAUAUGACUUGCUGGCAGAAGACAUACUUGGGAAUCCAACAACUUCUGGAAAAAAUAAUGUCUACUAUUAUUCAGAGCGUGGUGACCGCCUGAUUGACCUUACUACAUUCCGAGACAAACUUUGGCAGAAAUGCAACUUCAUGAAUCCCCAGCUAAGCUCCUUUGGCAGUGAACUUGAGCUAAAUGAUGUAAGAGAAACAAUUCAACAACUGCUGAGAUGGGGAUGGAAAUACAAUAAGAACCUUGAGGAACAAGCUGCACAACUUCAUAUGUUAAUUGGCUGGUCUCAAGUUGUUGAGGUCUCUGCAUCGAGAAGACUUUCUCAUCUUGAAAAUCGAGCUGAAAUUUUGUUCCAAUUGCUUGAUGCCUCUUUGACUGCAUCAGCUUCUCCAGACUGCUCAUUGAAAAUGGCAGUGACAUUGUGCCAGGUUGCACUUACAUGCAUGGCCAAGCUACGUGAUGAAAGAUUUUUGUGCCCUGGUGGUUUAAAUUCUGAUAGUGUUACAUGUCUUGAUAUUAUCACGGUGAAACAAUUAUCAAAUGGGGCUUGCCACUCAAUAUUGUUUAAGCUUAUUGUUGCAAUUCUAAGACAUGAGUCAUCAGAAGCUUUGAGAAGACGCCAAUAUGCUUUGCUUCUUAGUUACUUCCAGUACUGUCGGCAUAUGCUUGAUCUGGAUGUUCCAACAGCAGUUCUCCGCUUGUUGCUUGAUGAACAUGAUGGUGAAGAUCUUGAUCUCCUGAAGAUUGACAAAGAACAGGCUGAACUAGCACAGGCAAAUUUUUCUAUUCUAAGGAAAGAGGCUCAAGCCAUCCUUGAUUUGGUAAUAAAAGAUGCAACUCAAGGAAGUGAAUCUGGAAAGACCAUAUCGCUUUAUGUUCUGGAUGCAUUGAUUUGUAUUGAUCACGAGAGAUUUUUCUUAAACCAACUUCAGAGUAGAGGUUUUUUGCGAUCUUGCUUAAUGAACAUCAGUAAUAUCUCUGUUCAGGAUGGUGGGCGUUCAUUAGACUCAUUGCAGCGAACAUGUACUCUCGAGGCCGAACUUGCUUUAGUGUUGAGAAUUAGUCACAAAUAUGGGAAAUCAGGGGCCCAGAUUCUAUUUUCCAUGGGUGCUUUAGAGCAUAUUGCUUCAUGCAAGGUGGUUAAUUUUCAAGUGAAGGGGAGUUUUCGGCGGUUUGAGACUAAACUUAGAAGAGAUGCAGCUGUGAAUAUUGAUAAACAACAAACAAUUAUAGCUCCUAUACUUAGAUUGGUGUUUUCUCUGACUUCAUUGGUUGAUACAUCUGAUUUUUUUGAGGUGAAGAAUAAAACUGUCCGUGAAGUCAUAGAUUUUGUCAAAGGGCAUCAACUGCUCUUUGACCAAGUUAUUCAAGAAGAUGUUUUGGAAGCUGACGAAUUAACAAUGGAGCAAAUCAAUCUUGUUGUUGGUAUACUUAGCAAGAUUUGGCCAUAUGAGGAGAGUGAUGAGUAUGGUUUUGUUCAAGGGCUUUUUGGUAUGAUGCGUUCUCUCUUCUCGCAUGAUCUGGAGUCUCGUACUCCUACUCAGCCAGUUCAAUCUCUUGAUAAGCAGAGGAAGUCUGAAUUGAACAUAUUCCGAUUAUGCUUUAGCCUGAGCUCCUAUCUAUAUUUUCUUGUUACAAAGAAAUCCCUGAGACUGCAGGUUUUGGAUGGUCCCACUGAUUACCAUGCACCUGGUAGACUUCAGCAGCCCACAUUGACUUUACUUGUUUAUCUUCUUAAUUCUGUAACAACUGCCCUAGAAAGAGCUGCAGAGGAUAAAUCCUUACUGCUUAACAAGAUUCAAGACAUAAAUGAACUAUCAAGACAAGAGGUGGAUGAAAUUAUCAGUAUGUGCGUUCGACAAGAUUGUGUUUCAUCAUCUGACAAUACACAGAGAAGGAGGUAUAUAGCAAUGGUGGAAAUGUGCCAGGUUGCAGGCAAUAGGGAUCAGCUAAUUACCCUAUUGCUUCCUCUUGCGGAGCAUGUGCUGAAUGUAAUCCUUGUCCAUUUCCAGGAUGGCUCUAUUACCCCUGGUACAAGUGCAACCACAAAAGCAAUUACAUUCGGUGACAAAUUUGACAAUGGGCAAGACAUAUCAGUGUUCUGUGGGAAGUUGAUUCCAACAUUAGAAAGACUUGAAUUGCUUAGUGAGGAUAAAGUGGGGCACAACCUGAAGGUGUUCCGGAGACUAGUGAGUUCACUCAAGGAAUUGGGGAUUCAGAAGUUGGGUGCAUGAGUCAAAAUAAUGGAUGUGUGGAGAGCCCACCAAAAAUUUUCCUGGCGACUAUUUUAUGUAUUUGCUUUGCCUUGAGUAUCAUAUAAAAGUUUUCACAGCUUCUGAAACCUAUUGAAUGUAUCAGUGAAUGUAUAUGUGUAAUAUACUAAUCUGUUUCAUUUGGCAUCCUUAAAUUGUUCCAAUAGAAAUUAAUGUGAGAUGGAUCUGAAAUGCCCAGCAUCAACUAAUUGUAACUUGACACGGUCAAAUGCAUGUCCCCUUCACAUUGUUCAUUGUCCA